AUGGGCAACGAAAAUGGCGAAGACAAGAAAACGGUUCUCGCCGUUGAGACCUUCGAGGAAACGAGUCUGCCGCCCGAGAAAGCGGGCACGGCCGGUGACCGACGAGACAUGUAUCGCAUGGGGAAGAUGCAAGAGCUGCGACGCAAUUUUAGCUUCGUGCCGAUUUUUGGAUUUGCUGCUGUGCUCAUGAUCACCUGGGAGGGAGUGUUUUCGGCUAUCAGCUAUGCCGUCCCUAAUGGAGGGCUUCCGACGAUGGUGUGGAUGUACCUGGUUACUUUCAUUGGUCUUGGAGCCGCCAUUGUUACCAUGGCCGAGAUGGCCUCCAUGGCGCCGACGAGCGGAGGUCAAUACCACUGGGUGUCGGAAUUUGCGCCCAGGUCAUCGCAGAAGUUACUCAGCUACUUAGUCGGAUGGUUCUGUGUACUGGGAUGGCAGGCCGGCAUUGCAGGACAGUGCUUCACCGUGGCCCUGGAAAUCCAAGGCCUGGCCAUUCUGAACAACGCAACAUACGUCCCGAAACCGUGGCACUCUGUCCUCAUUACCUUCGCAGUGGUCCUACUUUGCGCCGUUUUCAACACCUUGUUCGCCCGGCAGCUUCCCAAGAUCGAGGUGGUGCUGCUGGUCCUCCACAUCUGUGGUUUCUUCGCCAUUCUCGUGCCCUUAUGGGUCUUUGCGCCUCGGCAUACCAGUGCUGAGGUGUGGCUGGAUUUCAAAGUCAUUUCCGGGUGGCAGUCAGUCGGUGCUGCCGCCUUGAUUGGGCAGCUGGGCCCGCUUUAUGCUCUCCUUGGUCCAGACUCGGCAGUUCACAUGGCCGAGGAAGUUCGAGACGCAUCCCGGGUCCUCCCAUGGGCCAUGAUCUCGACACUCCUUCUCAACGGCAUCACAGGCUUUAUCAUGAUCGUGACCUUUGCCUACACACUAGGCUCCAUCGAAGCCGCCGCAGCCCCAAAGUACAACUUCGCCUUCAUCGGCACCUUCUACAACGCCACGCAAUCCCAUGCCGGCACUUCCGUCAUGACAUGCAUCAUCCUCAUCCUCACAUUCUGCAGCGCCAUCAGCAACGUCGCCACCGCCUCUCGGCAAAUGUUUGCCUUUGCGCGGGACGGCGGCCUUCCCUUUUCCGGCGUCUGGCGAUAUGUGAAACCAGGCUGGGACCUGCCGCUCAACGCCAUCGCUUUCUCGUGCAUCUUCACCUCUCUACUGGUCCUGAUCAACCUCGGCAGCGACACGGCUUUCAACGCCAUCUUGUCCAUCGGCAUCGUAGCUUUGCUCACCUCCUACCUGGUAUCCCUGGGAUGUCUCCUGCUCAAGCGCGUGCGAGGCGAGCCCUUCAUCUACCGCCGCUGGAGCGCGGGCAGGAAGUUCGGCUUUUUGUGCAAUGUCGUCGGCCUGGCGUACUUGAUUGUCGCUUCCGUCUUUGCCUUUUUCCCCAUUUUCAUCCCUGUGACGACGACGAAUAUGAACUGGGCGGUGGCGGUGUAUGUUGGGGUUGCGUCCAUUGCGGGCGUUUACUAUGUUGCGUAUGCGCGGAACAGUUACGUGCCGCCUGUGGCGCGUUUGGCGAAAGAUUUGUAG